UCACUAUCACUCAUCCUCCAUUACCUUUCAAUUUCAAUUAACCACCAAACUUCAACACAUAAACAUCCAUUUCUAUUUCCUCAAACACACGGGAAUCUUCCAUCUUCCCCUUUUUCACUUUUCUCAUCUGCCAUUGUUAGGUUUUGCAUCGUCUUCUUUAAUGGAUUUAAUCGGCGACGCACUUCGUCAAGCUUUUAUGCCCAAACACGAGUACCAAAACCUCCGAGACGAAGAUAAAGCUUGGCUUAAACUUCAACGACCGAUUUGUGUUGCAAUUGUUUGUUUUCUCUCUUUUGCAAUUGUUUUUUCUACUGCUAUUAGUUUGAAGAUUGUGUUUCCUGGUGAUUCUGGUAAUCGACCUUUUUGUUUCGAUCUUCGUCUUCAACCUUUGCCGAUUAAUGUUACUAGUGGUGGAAGUUCUGGUGAUUCGGAUUCGUUUCCUGGUGCUUUUUAUCUUACGGAUCAAGAAACUGUUGACUAUUAUUAUAUGGUCUUGUUUCUUCCUUCAUCGAUCUUGUUCUUCGUUUCUCUCGCAUAUCUUAUUGCAGGAUUUAUGGUUGCGUACUCUGCGCCACAAAGGCAUAGUUGUUUGAAGUUGGUAGAGAACAACUAUUGUGCUUCAAGAAGGGGCGGGGUACGCUGCUUAGCUAUUCUUAAUAUGGUUUUUGCCAUCAUCUUUGGUCUUCUUGCAAUUUUCUUGGGUCCAAGUCUUCUCACAUUGGGGAGUAGCUGUUCAAUGCCCUUGUUUUGGUGUUAUGAGGUUGCUGCAUGGGGGCUCGUCAUUCUAUAUGCUGCCACUGCAAUUUUACUGAGAAGGAAAGCUGCUGUUAUUUUGGAUGAGGGAAACUUCUCUGGAAGAAAUUUAGGUUUGGAGAUGUUAGAAACAAAUCCAUGGGAACUCACACCAGACGUUGAGAGACGUGUCACUGAAGGCUUUAAAACCUGGAUGGGCUCUUCCCUUUUAUCCUCUGACGAAGAAGAGGAUCUCGAAGAACAUGAAGAAAUGACCCUCAAUGGUAUUGGUCAAAACAGACAAAGACUAUAGGCGUGACGGAGUUUAACUAUUGCUUUUUUCAGAAUUUGAGUAAAGGAUCUUGGCAAUGAAUAGCAUCAGUUUGAUUAUAUGCUAAUAUACAUGGAUCGACUCUGCUGCAUAGCUUUCGGAGGCUGCCAUAAGUGUAAAAUUGAUGUGCUGAAAAUUAGGUUUCACAAGCUGCGGAGGUAUAAUUAACUUAUCAAUUUUGCCUCGUCUAUGACUUGAAUAUGUUCGACUCCAAGGUAAAUUGAUGUGCUGGAAAUCAUCGGAAAUCAUUGUCAAGAAGUCUGUACAAAGGGCAUUCACAUUGGUCCAGGAAUUUGGCUCCACUGACUCGUGAACUUUGCAUUUACCUGACUAUCUUUUGUGUGAUAAAAUUUUUGUUCUAGUUUGAGAAAGUUGUAUAUUCCUCGUAUAUUCUUAAAUACUGAUGGCUUAUAGUAAUCAAAAAGGAUGGAAAAAAUGAUCUAAUAUAUUGUUGGAUGCCCUAUUUGCGUCUGAUGUUCAGACUUG